AGCAGCACACGCAUUUGGUUCUCUUCUUCUCUUCCACAUAACGCGCUGUGAUAUACGCUAUGCCGCAUCAAACAUCAUGAAGACAUACCUUCUUCUACUCGCCCUAGCUACUACCGCUAUUAACGCGACGCCGACCGGUAAACGCACGGAAGACAUUGUCAACACAUCUUCCUCGCAGGCAGGCUACCAUCCCGAUUGUGGUACCCCGAACUCGACGAAACUGUGCCAGGAACGUUACUCUGUCAGCUGCAAUGAUGAUGGUUCUCUGAAUACUGGCAAUUACUCGUAUUGCGGCAUUCAGGUUUGUAAAUGCAAGCCCAACUAGAUGCGUACAGAGCUUCAGGGGUGUCACGAGGCGGAACCAAAAUACUAGGAAACAACGACGUUGUUGCGCGAGGAGCUCCUAACUACUCUCGCUAUGGAGGACACGGUAUAUAUACAGGUGAAGCUUUUUGUCUGUCCUGCUCCUGG